ACUAGUAAUGAAAACACUAAUCUUCUAAAGUUGUCAAAAACCUAUAAACCUUGUUGGAUUUUUUGGGAAUCUUUUUUUAUUAGUCAAAAAAUUGUUUUGUACAAUUGUAGUGUAUAUAUUCAUUACUCUUCACUUGGUCUUCAUGAUAUUUUGAUUUAAUUUGUUGUCCUUCUUCUACUCCCAAGUCCCCCCAAGCCAGCCCCUACUUCACCCUUCUAAGUCACUAGUAGGUGGCUCCACCAUGACUUAUACUGUGAUUUCAUUUGAUAUUUCUGAAAUAGACAUAAAUUUCAUUGAUUGAUCCAUAAAUUUCAUUGAUUGAUCAAUCUCUCUUGUGACAUAUUUAAAUUGAAGUUCCAUUGUUAUGUUGAAAAGUGUAAGUUGUUUUUUUUGUAUAUUUUCACUUUUCUGUAAAAGAAAAGUCAAAGUAUUACCAUAAAUAUUUGAAGUCAGGUCCGAAAAAAGAAUGGAAUCAGGAAAGAUGGAAGAAUAUGAAGUUGUAGAACAGAUUGGUAGAGGAGCUUUUGGAGCUGCAUUUCUUGUUCAUCACAAGUUUGAGAAAAAAAAGUAUGUAAUGAAGAAGAUUCGUUUGGCAAAACAAACAGACAAGUUCAAACGCACUGCCCAUCAAGAGAUGAAUUUGAUAGCCAAGCUCGAUAACCCUUAUAUCAUUGAGUACAAGGAUGCAUGGGUAGAGAAGGACUCCUUUGUCUGCAUUGUUACAAGCUAUUGUGAAUGUGGAGACAUGGCUGAUAUGAUUAGAAAAGCCAGAGGAACAUUUUUCUCUGAAGAUAGACUUUGCAAAUGGUUGAUACAGUUGUUACUGGCUCUCGAUUACCUUCACUCGAAUCGUGUUCUUCACAGAGAUCUUAAAUGCUCUAACAUUUUCCUUACUAAAGACGACGAAAUCAGACUUGGUGACUUUGGAUUAGCCAAAUUGUUGAAUAAAGAUGAUCUUGCUUCUUCGAUUGUGGGUACUCCAACAUAUAUGUGCCCUGAGCUUCUAGCAGAUAUACCUUAUGGAUAUAAAUCAGACAUAUGGUCUCUAGGUUGUUGUAUGUUUGAAAUUUCUGCCCAUCAAGCUGCAUUUCGUGCAACGGAUAUGACUGGGUUAAUCAACAAAAUAAACAGGUCUACUAUAUCUCCACUUCCAACCAUAUAUUCUUCUACAUGGAAACGACUGAUUAAAAGCAUGCUAAGAAAAAGCCCAGAACAUAGACCUACGGCUGCAGAGUUGUUAAGGCAUCCACAUUUACAACCAUAUCUUGCUAAAUAUCAGAACUUGUCACCAGCAUUUGUUCAAGUAUGUUGUGAUAAGGAUGUUAUUAAACAGAAUCCUGAUCAAACUCGCGAGAAGUCAACUUCCAAGGUUGUAGUUGUUCAUGAAUUUAAAGGUAAUACGUGUAAGAUUGAGAAUAAAACUGGAGAUUUGGACUAUGAACGACUGCAGAGGAUAUCCGUCAAGAAAAGUGGAAGCACUAAUUCUAUAAGCUCCACAAGAAGUACUUUGACUGAUAAUACAAUUGAAGGUACAAAAUGCUUUUAUAAGAAAUCAGGAAUACCAAAACCACAUAUUGAAGUAACUUCACAUGCCAAUAAAGUUAGAGCUAAUGUCAUUGAUCAUCUAAGUACUAAUGAAAAACGCGAUGAUCACAAACGAGCAUCGAGUGAUACUUCAGUAAUGAGCAAUGGAAGGGAAGAAGCAUUAGAGUCAUUACUUGAACUUUGUGCAGAGUUACUUAAGCAUAAAAAGCUAGAGGAAUUAGCUGGUGUGCUAAAACCAUUUGGUGAACAAGUUGUUUCUUCUAGAGAAACAGCAAUAUGGUUGACAAAAGGAUUAAUAAAUCUUCAAAAUCCAAGUGAAGAACCUUAGAGUGCCUCCUAGGUUGUUGAGAUUUUUUUGUAAUAUACUUACCUCAGUCCAAUUUUAUAUGUCACAUUUCAGAUUUCAAGAAUCAAACAAGUCUAUUUUUGACCGUAAAUUUUUCAAAUUUUUUUUAAACAUUUUGAAUUAUCAA